UUGGUUAAAGGAGACAGAGAAAAGGAGUGAGGGAGUUCCUGCUGUCAGAGGAGGAGAAGGAGGAAGCGGUGAGCAUGGCCAGCAACUCCAGCGCACUGCCCCGGGUGACUUUCCAGACGCCAGAGAAAACUGGGGAGGAAUCAUCACACAGGAAACUGGGCAAGUUAACUAUAAAGUACAACCGCAAAGACCUACAGCGCUGGCUAGACCUGGAGGAAUGGAUCAACGCCCAGCUGCAGGAGCUGUACCAAUGCCGGCUAAGAGAGGAAACAGAGGCAGCAACUCCUGAACCACAAAUUGAUCUUGAAGAUCUCCUGGAGGUCCCUAAUGAAGAACAGAAAUUAAAACUACAGGAAAUCCUCCAUGAGUGCUCCAGCCCGACAGAGGUGAGUGAAGCACCAUCAAUAUAUAUAUAUAUGUUAUACUGUUCUGUAAGAGUGUGUCUUUGUUGCUGCUUGGCUGAAGCGCCAAGAUGUUACUGUACCUAACAUGACGCUGCAGAUUUGUUUAAUUCCCAAUGGGAGGUGUUUGCCACUUUAUCCUGCUGUGAUAGAAAAAUACAUGUAAAUCUACAUGGAUGAGCUGAAGGCAGACCAGUGGAGCAAAUAAGGAAUUACACUUUACAACCAAAGAAAGUUCAUUCCAUGUUUUGGACAUCCUAAGCUGACCAGGCUGAGUUGCUAUUUGCUCCUCAGCGUAGAAAAGCCAUAGACAGUGAUACAGCUCACAUAACCGUCUUGCACACUGUUAACUAAAGCAUUCUUAGCUUAAACCACUCUAGUGUUACGAGCGACAAGAAUGUAGAAUGGCCCUCAGAUUGGAUUGGGCAGAUAAUUGUUGAGCAGUGGCCACGUAAGUUAAGUUUUACACGUGUUUUUUCUUUUCCCCAUGUGAACUUUACAAGUACUGGUUUUGAGUUAGAGAGUUAAAGAAAUCCCACAAGCUGUCACAAUGUCCAAAGGAGUGGAGCCCAAUGCUUUGCUGUGUAGUGCAUGUACCACACAGCAAUUGCCUUCACUGCACUGCAUACCUGUGCAAAAUGAGGUCUUCCAUCACUGCUUCAGUCACAUGCAUUGCAUGUGAACGUUGUGCUUGGACAUCAUUCAUCAGUCUCCACAUCUUGUCAAGCCUAUAUAGCUGUACAGUGAUGAACAUACAGAAAAUGAGGUGGAUGCACGACUAUCAUUGAAAUUAAACUUGGCUGUAGCAACCAUUACAGAUAGUCUCCUAGCAGGGGUUCAGCAGACAAGGCUGGCAAUAGGGAAAUAGUUUUCCGAGUGUCUGAAUUUCAGAUCUUAGGCAAGAACCCCACAUUCCCAGAGAGAUAACUGAAAAGAGUUUGCUCUUCUUUUUCAUGAGCCGUGAAAGUGUCUUGCAGACAGCAUGGUACUUGCUAACUGCUGCCCCUUUAGCAAAAAUACGUACUUUCACCCUGGUGAUCUUGAAUCCAGUCCCCUUGAAAGAUCACAGCAGCCUAUUUGCAGAAAGCAGAGAGAGGAAACAAACUGGUUUCCUCUGAAGGGACUGACGGAAAAGGUAUGUAUGAUCCUAGGCAUUGACUUCCAGAGCAUGCUGUGGCAGGCAACCUCUGAUCACCCAAGUGAGGAAGCUGGGCUUCCACACAGCACAGAUGGUAACAAGCUGCAAUACUUCCAGUGACCUUGCCUAAUUACAAGGACAUGUAGCUAUCUGUUUGGGUGAAGAAAGGCUGCGCACUCCUUUAUGGUGAUGUUACUUGUCAUGCAGGGGGUAAAGUCUGCACUAGUCACAUUGACUUCUGCUUGGAAUAACCAGAUGGUCCAGUUUAGUUCAUAGUACUUGGCUGUGUCAGCAAAGUAGUCGAGGUUUAUCUCCUGCCUGCUCUGCCUGUCCUCAACCCCUGCUCCAGGUUAUCAUUAGUCCUACGGGUGUUUUGCUCCACCUCUUCUCUGCCGGCCACUUCCUUGUAGAAUUGGCACAGCUCUAAGAUGGUUUGCAAUCCACAACAUGGAGCUUUACAGGUUCAACAAGAGGGACAGCUUGCUUUGCCCUAGAUUGGGAGGGCAGCAGAAGUGGGCAGGAGGUUAUGGUGGCAACAGGAAGCAGUGGAACCUAACAGAGGACAACAGCAUCCUGAGGUCAUCUCAAGGUGGAAAAAGUAGGUAGCUGGGAUGAAGGGGGCAGGCUGGCUCCUGGGGAGAAAGUAAACAAGGCUGCUCCAGAGGGAGACAGGGGAAGGGAAGUAGAGGGGCUUUUAGACCCUUCUCAUCCAUCAAAAGGUCUCCUUCCCUAAGCUAAGAGAUAGGUUUGCUCGAUACAUGUCAAAAUUCUGGUUUCUGCUCAACAUGAAGGCGAAUGUGGGAAUAACGCAAGUGCCAUAGUACUCUUUGGGCUGGUGAGCACUGGAAUUAACGUGACAACCUUCUUCAACCAAUUCUCAUUGUAGGACUUCAUUACGGAAUUGCUUAGUCGAUUGAAAGGUCUCCGGAGAGUCACCAAUCCUCAGAAGAAAUGACC